CCAUACUUAUUUUUCUUAAAAAAAAUGUCAGGGAUUUUGACAAAAUUUUUUUUCUAUCUCUUAAUAUUUCAAGAUCUAGGAGCUUAUUUAGACUUAUUAAUUAAUUCAACAGCUAAUGAACAGCAUUCUGGCAAUGGGAGCUCACAAAAAUUCGGAUUCUCUUCCUUCAUCAACACCUCUAUAACUUAUAACACGUCUAUAAAAUUAACACUUACGACUAGUAGCAGUAAUCAUGACUCAGAUGACCUUAACGAUAUUAAUGACGCAGAAACUAUUAAAGAAAAAGAAAAAAUUAAUAUAUCUCUAAAACCAGUUCAAGGUAAGAAAACAGUUAUAGAUGAGCAUUUACCAACAGCUACUAAAACUAAAAAUUCUGAAAAACACACUACUAAAUCAACGAAUACCGAUACAAAAGGAACUCGAUGUAAAUUGCAACAUACGAAUGUAUCAGAUUUAUCAGGAGAACGAGAAGAAAUCGCGCAAUCUCCAUUUAUGCCGAGCGCGGUGCUUGGAGAGUACGAAUCUAUGAGAUCGCCCUUUAUAGGUGCCUUCCUUAAGUUCCUAGGCGAGCAAUAUGAAGAUAUCCACGAUUAUCCUUACAGGGAAUAUGAUUUGCGCGAAUUUUGCGGAGAUUAUUUUUGUACCCCUUGGAAAAUUGUUUGUAGAAAUAAUUUUUACGAAGUCAGACAGUAUCUUAAUAUCACAGCAAUCAAGGCUUCAUCCACUGGACAAGAAUAUACAGAUAAAGGAUUAACCCCAGCUGUUAUUAGACUUUUACGUUAUUUUAUGGGAGAAAAUGACAGAAACAUAACCAUAAAUAUGACCACUCCGAUAUUUAUUGAUCCACCUACCCGAUCCAUAAGUGAUAAUAAACAAGAAUUUAUGGAACUUUUAAAUGGAGGCCAUGGGCCCUCAGUCUUCUUAGACGUUCAUCCCCCUUAUGUAGUCGAUACUCCGAAACCUACUAACCCAUUGGUUAAAAUAGUGAGAUAUAAUACCCCGGCGGCUUAUGUUAGAAUGUUUGGUGGAUAUGCUCUUCCUACUACUUUUGUUUCUAAAGCGAGAGAAUUGCUCAAUAUUUUGGAGUUGAACAAGCAAAUAGUGACCUUCAAUCUUUCUUACGUAACCUAUAAUUACCCCAACCAAUUUCAAGGAAGACACAACGAGGUGAUGUUUGGAAUAAACAAUUUCAAUCCGAAAAAAAAAUAUUGUUGAAAUUAUUAUGAUAUAAAUUUUAUAAUCCAUUUGAAUUUUUAAAAAAAAUAAUCUUUUAAAAUUUAUAUUCGUUAAAAAUCUGAUCAUGUUUUUUUAUUUGUAAUAGAUACAUAAAGUAAAAAUCAUUAAAUGUUAUAUAUUAUAUACAUAAAUAUGAAAUAGUUUAAUAUCAUUUAGAAUUUAAUUUUUAAUGUGAUUUUUUGAAAUUAUUAUCU